CUGCCCUGGACACGGUUCAAGAAAGACAGCGAGAGAUCUGGGGGAAAGUUAAUCUAUCCUUGACCCCAUGGCCAACUGCAAUGUGUUAUCCUGCACAAGAAGCGAGUCAGACAGAGAGUGAGAGGAGGCCAGGUAGAGGGCAGACGACUGUCUAACUUCAUCUUGUCAGAGGGGAGAGAAAAAAAUGAAGUGAACGACAGAAAUUAAGGGAGUUUUUUGGGGGGGGUUUUUGCACAAGCAAUACUCGUCCUCUGGAUGUAAUCGCACCGUGAGUGGAGAAGACACAAAAAGCCUUCAAAGCCGACUGUAUCAAAGACACAACAGUUCCGCUUUGGACUCUCUCAUUUACUAUCACACAGUCGGAUCUCUAUCUCCAUCGCACAGACGAUUCAUUCAAUUCAGCCAAUCCAGUCAUUUACCCAGACAAUCAUUUCUCUAUUCCCCUCACUCUAACAUACUCCCACACUCUUGCACCCAGUAACUCCCCUGAAAACACCCCCUCCCUCACAAGACCACAACACAAGUGACCUCGCCCCCCUCGUCUGGUUCUCAUUGGUCUUUCUGCUGAUGAGGACAAGCCAACCGCACCAUUUGAUUGGAUUACGCUGGGAAAUCUCGGGGGGAACCCCUCCCACCCUUUAUGUUCAUAACAAAACAUGAGUGUCCAAUUUCUACAGUCUUGCCUGCAUGUUGCAUCAGACUAAAACAUGGUUAAAUAGACAUUUCCGCUGCGUUGGAGCAUUCUUUUGAGUUUGGAUUGGUUUUGCAGACGGCGUACUGGAGAGACGAAUCAGUGCAGAUAGCGUUCUAGACCGUCCUGAGACGAUAGUUUGAAUUAUUAGCAGAUCAGAAGAGUGCAAGUUGAUUUCUUUCUUAUUUUUAGUGGGCAGAGGUGCAGCUUUUGAUGCAUCUCUCACUUUUUUGAUCCUUUUUUUUUUGUUGUUGUUGCUUUUUUCGGCUCUUUUUUUGAAAUUUUUCUUAGAAUAUGUUCCAUAGCAUCUGCUCUGAACAAAAUAACAUUACUGUCAGCUUUGAGUUGGAUCAGAAAAAGCUCAGCCACUUCAGAUUCCACCGGCCCAAAACACAGUUAACAGUCGGUCGGACAAGAGAAAGGAAAAAUGCUACUUAAAAGGAAGAGACCAACAAUUGUCUCAGACGAGGAAAAAUGCCAAUCCAUCUUCACAGCGGUUGCCUUCUACAUGAAGCACCUUGGGGUCAAAACCAGGGCAGUAGACAGUAAGAAGUCCAGAGGAGGCUUCUUCAGGAGACAACUGGUAAAGAAUAAGAAGGAUGAAUCCACAAAGACCAAGCCGAGGGGGGUGUUUCCUGGCAUCCCCAGCUGGAUUGCAGGCAACAUUACAGCUGAGGUCAAACCUAAAGUGGAGACUGAAGCGGAAAAGGACAAAGUGAAUCAGGAGCGCAAGGGCCCAGCUCCGGGCAGAGGCUCCGUGACCGACGCUGCAAUCCUGGCCCUCCCCAGCAGGAAGUCGGCUUCCAGCGGAGGCUCUGCCUCCGUACCUGGGCUGGAUAUCACUGACGUCUUGGGCAACAACAUCAGUGCUGCCACCGUCAGCCCCGAGUCUUCACACAGCGAUGGCCUCUCAAGCAAUCUCUUAGAGCCUCCGACCCUGUCAGAUGGGGGUGAUGUGUCCCCCGUCGGGCUCGGGGGUGCGGUGACCAUUGGGGAGCUCAUCCCCCCGAGCGACACUCCCACCGACGAGAAUGUGGAGAAAGACAGACGGAAGACAAGUAGGAAAGUGGCCCGUAGCGAGAGUGCUCGCGUGGACCGGCACUCGUCUCAUCGCCGUGGCACUUCCCGGGCCAAACAGUCCCGCUCCCGUAGUGAUGUGGACCUCCAGCCGCCUUCUACCACGACAACAUCACCUUCUCCGCUCACUCCCCAGCACCUCCAUCCUGUCGAGGGACCAGUUUUUGUUCCUGAAGGGCCGGGCCUCUCCCCAACCAGCCCCUCCCCGCAGCUGGAGGAGGUGGAGCCACGCCUCCUGGAAUUUGAGCAUGACCCGCCCAACUGGAGGGACCUGGCCUCCCCCGAAGCUCUGCCCAGCCUCGGCAAGAAGGAGACCAAGAGACAGGAGGUCAUCAACGAGUUGUUUGCCACAGAGCAUGCCCACGUGCGAAUGCUGAGCGUCCUUCAGAUGGUUUUCUCUAAGCCCUUGGAGAGAGAGGAGCUCCUGACCUCCACCGAACUUGCCGCCAUCUUCCCCAACUUGGACGAGAUCAUUGACAUGCACUAUAACUUCUACGAGAACCUUAAGAAACUGCGUUUGGAUGACAACUUCAUAGUCAAAUCCAUCAGCACCACAGUACUCAACAGGUUUGGUGGUACAGAGGGGGAUUGGUUCCAGAAACUGACAGCCCGGUUCUGCAGUCACCAGUCGUGGGCCUUGGUCCAGAUUAAGAGCAGGCAAAAAAAAGAGCCACGCUUCAACUCCUUCAUACAGGAGGCAGAGAGUAAGCCCCAGUGCCGCAGGCUUCAACUCAAGGACAUCAUACCAAUAGAGAUGCAGAGACUGACCAAGUACCCGUUACUGCUGGAGAAUAUUGCAAAAAACACAGACGACCUGACGGAAAAGGAGAGGAUCCAGCAGAGCGCAGAGUGCUGCCGAAAGAUCCUCAACCAUGUCAAUGAGGAGGUCAAAGUGAUGGAGAACCUAUUGACUCUGAAGGACUACCAGCGUAGAUUGGACACGUCAGGCCUCAAACCAAGUAACGAGCUUUAUACUGAAUACAAGAACGUCGACCUGACACAGAAGAAGAUGCUUUAUGAAGGUCCUCUGACCUGGAGAGUCACAAAAGAGAAAGGAAUUGAGGUGCAGUGUGUGCUGCUGGGGGACCUGCUGGUGCUGCUCCAGAGGCAGGACGACAAGAUGGUCCUCAAAUGCCAGAGUAAGAGUAACAUCGCCGUGCAGGAGGGCAAGCAGAUGCUGAGCCCCAUCAUCAAGCUAGACUCGGUCUUUCUCCGUGAGGUGGCCACAGAUCGAAAGGCCUUCUACGUGAUAUUUACCUGGGACAGUGGCGCUCAGAUCUACGAACUGGUGGCUCAGUCUGUUGGAGAGAGGAAAAUCUGGACUGAUGUGAUAAAGACAGCUGUGGACGAUCUGAAGAAGAGCGGAGCACCCAUGAGGUUGAAUCUGCCUCCUGGAAGUGGAGGAUGUCCCUCCAGUCCCUCCACGCUGACUGCUCCUUUGAGCCCGACUGAGAAUGGAGGCUUGAAAAGCAGCAGUGAUCAAGAUAAGGACAGCCUGACAGAUGACAAGUUGUCAGACCCCAGACACAUGCUGAUUGAUUUCCUUUCUGACAAAGGCUUCGACUUGAUAGGCCACUCCAACAGCGAUCAGGAGAAGGUUGCUAACAGUGCUUUGGAUGAAGUCAUGUCGCUGAAAAGGCUAUUGGUCGGCAGCAUCAGUCUAUCAGAGGACUCGCAACCUGAUGAAGAAAACGGAGAGGACCAAUCACAGAGCCCCAAUCAAGAAAUGGAUAGCUGCCAAUCAACAGUCUCUCUGUGCGCAGAGGAAAGCCAGACAACAGACGGAGUAGCAGAAGAAGAGAACGACGGCAGUUGUGAAAAAGAAGGUGCGGGGACGAAGGGCGAGGACAAGAGGAGCAUCAGCGCUCCCCUGGUGCUGUCCGAGGAGAGGAUGGAGGAAGUAUGCAGGAGGCUCCACAGUCUAGAGGAACGACUGAAGAGAUUACAGACUGUAGAAGAGAGGCACCACAGGCUGCAGGAGGCACUUUCCAAGUUCUCGCUGGAGGGAGGUAACUUCCAGUGAGUCACCAUCACGCCACCUGCUGGCCACUAGAUUUUUACUGGUGCUGGUUUGGAGUGUAAGAGUGACUUUCAAAGGCUUCCCUGGAAAUUCCGAAAACAUUCACGAGUCAUGCCUCCCUGACCCUCGCUGCCUUAUUUGUUUGUGCGACAGCUGUUUACAGCUGAGCAGGAAGUUUUCUGCCUGACAGAGGGGGGGGGGCUUCGUGCUCUGUGCAGUGGAUCAAUGGGAGGUGUAUCCAUGUAAAUGUUUGUCUGUUUGUGUGCAUGCUUGGUAGAGAGGUAUACAAAGAUAAAAAAAGAAAGAAAAGAAAAAGACAUCCUACUUUUGAGUGGGAGGUUGUAUUUGCAGAUGGGGUGGCCUUAACAGACGCAAUAUUUUUGCUGUGAGAGAUGCUCCCUAACCAAAUAUAGAGAUUGCAAUCUGCUGUAACACACAUACGCACACCAAAGACAUGCACGCUACAAAAACAAUUUACAUUGAGGCCAAAGGCAGAUGUACAGUAAUGGAGCUGUUUGGCAGGACCAGGAGAAAAGCCUUGAGGGCCGCUGUUGCGUUCGAAGAUGUAUUGAAAUACUACUGCUGAUUUAUAGUGUUAUUUCUAGUCUAUGCCAAAGUACCACAAAGAUGCACUUUUUUUUCUGAUCAAAACAAAUUGAAGCCACGUUGUUGUUAUUUUUGCAGCUGGGCUUCAUGUCGGUGGCCCUCACUAUUGAGAAAAUGCAUGGUAGAAAGUGUGUGUAUGUGUGUUACAAGGUUUUUUUUAUCAAGGAAGUGCUUGAUUGGAGGGUUCUUACUGCAAUUGGGUCACAUGCAAACAAUUACACAAUAUGUAAUCAUGCUGUUAAUAAUGGAGACUUGUUUGUAUGUACCGCUUUUAUUUAUUCUCCUGUCGGGUCAGUGCGUCACCUCACCUGAGAACAGCUGUUACAGCCCUGGGCCCCCAAAAAAAUUAAUAGACGGAGCAAAAACGUCUAAGAGAAGGGAGGAAACAUAGGAAGGCAAACGGAGAAUGUGUCGCAGAGAGUGAAGACGUCGGGAUGGAGAGCGAGUUUACAGGUUGUUAUUUGAAGCCGGCUUAGACGGUCAUGAGAAGACGUGUAGAAAACGUGAGAUUACAGUAGGAUUUGCAUUUAGUGUACUGAAGAAAAAUGUUGACACACAGACACACUGAGGGCCCAGUGUUACGGAAUUGUUCACAUAGGUCGUUCAGGGCCAGUGUCCUUUCUAUAAGAUCAUCUUCCCCAAAGAUUCGGUCGCAGCUCCUGAUCCAAAACACGGUCUUCAGGUGUGAUUAUAAAUUGUAUUUGGGGGGAAACAAAUCAAAUUUUCCCCUACUAGCAAUAUUUGUAUAAGAGUUUAGCUCCAUCUUUGUAUAUUUUAUUUUCAGCCGUUGAUUGUAAUUAUAAUUCUGAUGGUAUCAUUUCUAAGUACAGUGGCGUGACUGUGGCCAUGCGCACAGGACCAAAGACGUUACACAGCACCGUUAGAUCCUCAUACAAGCUGUCAUUUUCUUAAUGACAUGUUUCAUAUGUAUAUUAGCGUGUCACUUGAUGGGGGAGCAGGAGUGGUGGCCUGCGUUCAGCAGCUGCUCUUCCUAGUCUGCUUAAACUCCAACUUGUGGCGACCAAAUGUGUUGGUCGGUUUUCACUUCUCUGAUGAUUGUACAACAAUAAUGUCAGACUGCUCUAACUUUAUGACCAAACUCAAACUGAAUUCUUGCAAAUGCUUCAUUGAAUUUUUUAAUGGAAAGGUUUUCUUCAGCAUCUGCCUCGGUCAGUCGGUGUGUGUAACCGUGUCCUGGAUAUGAACCUAAACACACUGGUCCUGCUCCAGCUGCAGAGAGAGGAGAGAGAGAGCAACAGGACGAUGAAACCAGAUGAAGACACAAAGGAAACCUUGAGGGUGUGGAGGAAGGAAGGAAGGACGACGACAGUCUCAUUCCAAUGUCACUCUUUCCAGUACUGUAAUCAUACAAAUGAUGGUGCCAUUAGAUGCUAAAUCAUAUAAGUUUGGGUGUGAGCAUCACUGCCAACUCCCAUCGUGUCCUCCUUUUUGUUUGUAUAUAAAUGUUAUCUUGAAGGAGAAAUUAGAAAAGUAUUAAUUGGAUAAAUCACUCACCCUAUGCUUAUUAGCGACAUACACCUAUUGAUAACACGCUCACCUCUUUUGAUAGCAUGAUCACCUUUUCCUACCACACUUUUUCCCAUACGUUGUGUAUUUCGUUUGAUGUACUUAAACGGGUCGGGGAGGUUUUUGUUACUGUUUCCCCCCCCCCCCCCCCCCCCCAUUGUUUUACAAAGCAGCUUUUGUAAUUAUAUACUAUGUAUUUGGCUGUAAUGGUGAGAGAGAGAGAGAGACGUCUUGUCUGUAUCUUGUCUAUGCAUGAGCAAAGUUAUGCAAAUGUUGAAAACCAUGGCAAAUUGUUAUUCACACUGUGCUAAUUAUGAGCGGGACACAUUUAAAGAGAUGAUCUCAUACCAGGGAUGUUUGUUUGUAUUUUUAAAUUUUUUUUGUAACUUCGGCAAGUCAACCCCUUCUCUGGCUGAACGACCUCCACGGGCACUUCUCGCUCUCUCUCCUCCAGACGCGUCCCCCCUGUCUAUUCUAUAUACAAAUACCUAGAUGUAUAGAAAAUUGUAUUUAUAUAUAGUAGUGCCUUGUUCUGACCCUCCAGCUGUUGGCUUCAUAAAGGGCUCUCGGGUCUCAGCAAUCACAGUCACCGAUGUCCUGGUGCCAUGUCUUCCGUGGACUGACCAAGUGACCAAUUGGCAUUGAGGGAUCAUCCCAGGAUUCUGAUUGGUUGUGCCCUGUAUAGAAAAAGACUGCUUCUUGUCAUGCAGGCAUCUGCCAGUUUGCCCAUCUAUAAACAAUGAAUAUGCAAGAACUAUACUGUGUAUUUGGGUUUUGAUUUUUUUUUAAAUAUUAUUGUGUAAGAGGCUCUUUAGUGAUGUAUACUUAAGGAAAAAUUGUGGUACGUUUGUUUUUUAAUUCUUAAUGUUUUUAAAUAAAUUGGGGAAAUAAA